UGCAUUCUUCAUUUUAUUGCAGGAUAUUCUCGCUGAUAACUUUUAUAGUAGCAUGUCUGGCUUUGUGCGAGAAUACAAGAUAGUUGUUGUAGGAGGCGGGGGUGUCGGAAAGUCUGCUCUUACAAUUCAGUUUAUCCAAUCACAGUUUGUGGACGAAUACGAUCCAACUAUAGAAGACUCUUAUCGCAAGCAAUGCGUCAUUGAUCAAGAAACAGCGCUUCUUGACGUUCUAGAUACAGCAGGACAAGAAGAGUAUUCAGCUAUGCGUGAACAAUACAUGCGAUCUGGAGAAGGGUUUCUUCUUGUAUACUCCAUCACCUCGCGCUCAUCGUUUGAAGAAGUUCAGACAUUUUAUCAACAAAUUCUACGUGUCAAGGAUCGUGACUGGAUUCCCAUGGUACUCGUCGGAAACAAAUGCGAUUUAGUUGCAGAGCGGACAGUCUCUACCAACGAUGGGCGAGAGUUGGCUCGAACAAUGCGGUGCAAGUUUGUAGAGUCUUCCGCACGUAGUCGAAUCAAUGUCGAAGAAGCGUAUUAUCUGUUGGUGCGGUCGAUUAGAGAUGAAAACAAACGAGCGUCUAUGAUGGAUUUGCAGGAUAAAAAGCCUAAAAAGAAAACAAGAAAGACAAAGUGUCUGUUGAUGUGACUUUCUACCUGUGAUCUCCAUUACUUAACUGCAAAUACAAACAGUAUCUUUUCUACCGCUUUCCUUUUUUGUUUAGUAAAGACUGUUUUGGCUGA